GCUGUGCAGCCGGUGGAAACCAAUAGGCUUGUUUGUAUAGUACCGUUGUUAUCAGUAGAGUUUGUGAUGUUUUUAAUUUGAUUACAAUUUUUAUCUAAAGUUAGGUACCUAGUAGUAAGGUAUACUGUUAUCUCAUCGGGUGAAGCCAACUGUGUUGUCGUUCUUUCUGAUUUUAACAGCCUUUGAUUCUAUAAAAUGGAGAUUAGUUUUAAGAACAAAAGAAUUCUCGUCACCGGUGGUGGGAAAGGUAUUGGAAGGGACCUGUGUAAAAAGUUGGUAGCCUGUGGUGGAGAGGUGGUGGCAGUAUCUCGAUCUAAACCCCCACUAGAUAGUCUGGCUGCAGAGUGCCCCACUAUUCGCACAGUAUGUCUUGACAUCGCAGCGAACUGGCAGCACACCGCAGAGGUUAUCGGGAGUCUUGGUACGUUUGAUUGCUUGGUCAACAAUGCAGCUGUUGCCAUUUGUACACCUUUCCUACAAGUGACACCAGAGGAGAUUGACCAGUGAGUUAAUACUUUCAAAAUUA